AGGAUUUCCGGUACAAUUUGCUCACUUUACCAGCAGCUAUUUAUUCAAAAGACCAACGCUGCAAACUCAUCCUGGGCUCCGGGGUCGCUCUUUCUGUGCGGGGCCGGGCCUGGCACCGGAAGCUGGGGGCGAACGGGAGAGGGAGCCCUGUCCUCGCCCCGAGUGGAAGCGGUGGGGCGGGGCCGGUCUGAGCAGGGUCUCUCCGCGCUCGCCCCACUGACGGGGGAGGCGGGAGCGAGUCCCCCGCUCCACGCGCCGGGAGAGGCGCAUGCGCAGUGUGGAAGCCUCGCCGGACCCGCGGUGCUAGAGGCCUGUCACUUCUUCCUGGUGCUGCCUCCUCGCUGGAGCAGGAUCCCCUCUCUCGGGGCUCUCCGCGGGCCUGUGACCCGGCUCUCCGGUUGAAACUCGUAUGGCAGUCAUUUAUAUGGAUCUGUGAUGGAUCUAUAACUAUGUCCCAAGUCAAGCCGUCAUUUUGAGCAUCCUCUUCUGAAUUUGAAGGAACAUUUUGAACAGUGAAGUUGCGAGAUCUUACUGAUCAAGACAACUGGAACCAUGUUGUGCUGGGGAAAUGCAUCCUUUGGUCAGCUUGGAUUGGGUGGAAUUGAUGAAGAGAUUGUAUUAGAACCCAGAAAAAGUGACUUUUUCCUAAAUAAAAAGGUCCAAGAUGUAGGAUGUGGACUCAGACACACUGUUUUUGUCCUGGAUGAUGGAACUGUGUAUACAUGUGGAUGUAAUGAUCUAGGACAAUUAGGGCAUGAAAAAUCCAGAAAGAGACCAGAGCAUGUUGGUGCCCUGGAUGCCCAGAAUAUUGUGUCUGUUUCAUGUGGAGAAGCCCACACACUAGCAUUAAAUGACAAGGGCCAAGUGUAUGCGUGGGGUCUUGCUACUGAUGGACAGCUUGGCUUGCCUGGAACAGAGGAAUGUAUCAGAAUACCCAGAAAUAUCAAAAGCUUAUCAGAUAUCCAAAUAAUGCAAGUUGCCUGUGGCUACUGUCACUCACUUGCACUCUCAAAAGGAAGUGAAGUUUAUUCCUGGGGACAGAAUAAAUAUGGCCAACUGGGUAUAGGUUAUGAAUUUAAAAAGCAGACUUCACCUCAACUGAUUAAAUCUUUACUGGGAAUCCCUUUUGCACAAAUUGCAGCAGGAGGAGCACAUAGUUUUGUACUAACUCUUUCCGGAGCCAUUUUUGGAUGGGGACGCAACAAAUUUGGUCAACUUGGUCUUAAUGAUGAAAAUGACAGGUAUGUUCCUAAUCUGCUGAAGUCCCUAAGAUCUCAGAAAAUUAUUCACAUCUGUUGUGGAGAAGAUCAUACAGCUGCUCUUACAAAGGAAGGUGGCGUUUUUACAUUUGGAGCUGGAGGCUAUGGACAAUUGGGUCAUAACUCUACCAGCCAUGAGAUAAACCCAAGGAAAGUUUUUGAACUUAUGGGAAGCAUUGUCACACAGAUCGCUUGUGGGAGGCAGCACACCUCUGCAUUUGUUCCUUCAUCUGGAAGAAUUUACUCCUUUGGUCUUGGAGGUAAUGGACAGUUAGGAACAGGAUCAACCAGUAAUAGGAAAAGUCCCUUCACAGUAAAAGGAAACUGGAUUCCUUAUAGUGGGCAGUGCCCACCAAGCACAGACAAUGAAGAAUAUUAUUGUGUAAAGAGAAUUUUCUCUGGUGGAGAUCAGAGUUUUUCACACUACUUUAAUCCACAGAACAUGAUGCCACCAGAUGACUUCAGAUGUCCUGAUUCUUCAAAGCAGAUCUGGACUGUGAACGAAGUAUUUAUUCAGAAAUUGCUGACUUGUCCAUCUGGAAGGCUUCCUGUGGAGAUAGCUGAUGAAAUAGAUGGAACAUUUUCUUCAGCUGGCUGCCUAAAUGGGAGUUUUUUAGCUGUCAGCAAUGAUGAUCACUAUAGAACUAGUGCUCGAUUCUCGGGGGUUGAUAUGAACGCUGCUAGACUACUAUUUCACAAACUUAUAAGUCCUGACCAUCCUCGUAUAUCACAACAGGUUGCAGCUAGUUUGGAGAAGAACCUUAUUCCAAAAUUGACUACUUCCUUACCUGAUGUUGAAGCCCUAAGGCUGUAUCUCACUCUACCAGAAUGCCCACUGAUGAGUGAUGUGAACAAUUUUACAACAUUAGCUAUUCCUUUUGGAACAGCUGUUGUAAAUCUAGAAAAAGCUCCACUGAAAGUACUUGAAAACUGGUGGUCUAUACUUGAACCUCCAUUGUUCCUCAAGAUAGUGGAGCUGUACAAGGAUGUUGUGGUCCACCUCCUGAAAUUAUACAAGAUUGGUAUCCCCAAUUCUGAAAGAAGAAUCUUUACCAGUUUUCUACACACUUCUCUCAAAGUUCUGGAAAUUUUACAUAGGGUAAAUGAGAGAGGAGGACAAAUUAUACAGUAUGACAAAUUUUACAUUCAUGAAAUACAAGACUUGAUAGACAUCAGAAAUGACUACAUCAACUGGAUCCAGCAGCAGGCAUAUGGAAUGGACAUCAACCAUGGAUUAACUGAGCUAACAGAAAAUCCAGUUACAAUUUGCACAUACCCUUUCGUGUUCGAUGCACAGGCAAAAACUACGCUCUUGCAAACAGAUGCUGUCUUACAAAUGCAGAUGGCUGUUGACCAGGCUCACAGACAGAAUUUCUCAUCUAUUUUUCUCCCUGUAUUUGAAUCUGUCAAUCCUUGUCUAAUAUUAGUGGUGCGCAGAGACAAUAUUGUAGGAGAUGCUAUGGAAGUCCUAAGGAAAACGAAGAAUGUAGAUUACAAGAAACCACUCAAGGUUAUUUUUGUAGGGGAAGAAGCUGUUGAUGCAGGAGGUGUUCGCAAAGAAUUUUUCUUGCUCAUCAUGAGAGAGUUACUUGAUCCCAAAUAUGGAAUGUUUAGGUACUAUGAAGAGUCCAGGCUCAUCUGGUUCUCUGACAAGCAUGCCAUUCAUAUCAUGGCAACGCACCUCCCCAGAACCAGGAACAUGUUGGCAGAUCGCCUCAGCAGAACCUUCUCGUCUCGCCACAAAUGGUCUCUCCACCUCAAUGUGGUUGAGCAGACCUUCCGAAAGUGGGUAUCUUCCCAGGUGGACUUGUUCAUGACUCGCCAGAACAGGAAGUGCCACCGGUUCUGCUCAUUUUGGGGGGUCAACAGGGGCUUCCUGUUGGACACCUUUCUAUUUCCUUGGUUGGGGGCUCUGAUGUAAGCUUUCCCACUGGUGUCACUGCUUCACAAAGUCCUCAUGAAGAUCAAGCAGGACAAGGCCAAGAUUAUCCUAAUAGCCCUGGCUUGGCCUCGCCAGCAAAAGUGCUCAGCACGCUCAUGGACCUGUCAGUGAUGAUCCCAAUGCCACUGCCCCACUGGCCGGAUCUCCUGUCACAGAAUCAUGGCCAGUUCCUGCACCCAAAUCUGGCAGCACUCCACCUCACAGCUUGGUUGCUCCAUGGUUAACUACUGAGGAGUGGGAAUGUUCGACCCGAGUCCAACAGGUCCUACUGAGGAAUAGAAAGCCCUCCACUAGAGCAACCUACCUCAUCAAAUGGAAACGAUUCACGUGCUGGGCCUCGGCCCAAGUGGUUAGCCUGAGCAGGCCUCGCUGCAGCUGAUUCUGGACUGCCUUAUGCAUCUCAAGCUCCAGGGUUGCAUGACGGUCCGGUACUUAAAAGGUCUGGAAUGGUUCUACCCCCAAGUCUGGGUCCCAGUCCUCCCGUGGGACCUGAAUCUGGUACUUGCGUGGCACAUGAAAACUCCCGUCAAGCCCUUGGCAUUCUGUUCCCUUCUUCUGCUCUCCUGGAAGAUGUCAUUCCUGGUGGCGAUAACUUCUGCCCGAAGGAUCUCCGAGAUUAGGGCAUUUACAUUGGAGACGCUGUAUACGGUGUUCUUCAAGGACAAGGUCCAGUUGCAGCCACAUCCGGCUUUCCUGCCGAAGGUGGUUUCCAAUUUCACACAAGCCAGGACAUAUUCUUGCCAGUUUUCUGCCUAAAGCCUCAUACGUCUGAGAAGGAAUGUAGGUUGAGCUCCGUAGAUGUCAGGAGAGCGCUAGCCUUCUACAUUGAGAGGACCAAGCCAUUUUGCGAGUCGACGUAGUUCGUUGCGGUGGCAGAUAGGAUAAAAGGUCAUCCAGUGUCCACCCAGAGAAUUUUAUCUUGGAUCACAACCUGCUUCCAAUUUUGCUAUGAUCAGGCAAAGGUGCUCCACCAGCGAUCGUAACAGUCCACUCAACUAAAGCACAAGCCUCGGUGGCGGCCUUCCUGGCCCGUGUGCCAAUUUCUGAUAUCUGCAGGGUUGCCACGUGGUCAUCCAUCCAUAUGUUCACAUCUCACUAUGUGCUUACCCAGCAAGCCCGAGAUGACGCUGGCUUUGGUAGAGUGGUAUUACAAGCCGCUCAACUGUGAACUCUGAGCCCACCUCCAGGAAUACUGUUUGUGAGCCAUCUAGAAUGGAAUUGACAUGAGCAAACACUUGAAGAAAAAACAGCUACCUACUUUUCAUAACUGUUCUUUGAGACGUGUACUGUAAUGGGUUGGACCCCUUGGGAAGUCACCUGAUGUGCUGAGAUACCACAGAGUUUACGUGUUCUGCCA